AUGCAGCCAAACAGGGACGUUCAGCGCCGUCAGGAGAACACGCUGCAAGUGUGGAUUCUGGAGGCGAAAGGCAUGCCUCAAAAGCGGCGCUACUUCUGCGAACUGUUGCUCGAUGGUGCACUGUAUUUCCGGACGACGUCGAAGCUGAAGACGGAUAUCUGCUUCUGGGGCGAGCAAUACGAGAUCAAACACCUGGUUAAGCUCGACCAGAUCAUCGUCAGGCUGUACCGAGAAGCGGACCGCAAGAAAAAGCGCGAGAGCAACACGUUGGUCGGAUGUGUGGAGAUCCCCGCGCAGGCCCUAAGUUCCAAGCACGCAGUGGAAAAAUGGUAA